AUGCCAACAAUAUACGAUAUGCAACGUGAAGAAACAUAUACAACUGAACCACGUAUCGGUUCGACUUAUGAUGCAUAUGGUUCAGGAGAUACAACUGUUGGUUAUAUGUCUGCUAUAACACCACGUCAAGUUAUUAUAACUCGACCAGUGAAAAAUUUAGGUGGUGGAAAUCGAUCUGUUACAUCAUCAAUGAGUGUAUCACAAUCGAUGUCAAGUAAUGCUGCAGGAUUACGUGGUGGUGGUGGUAAUAAUUGGGCUUUAGUUCCAUUGAAUAGUCAACGUACAGAAGAAAAACGACAAUUAGCUGAAUUAAAUGAUCGUUUUGCUGAAUAUAUUGGUAAAAUUCGUUAUUUAGAAGCUGUGAAUCGUAAACUUAGUCGAGAUUUGGAAAAUAUUCGAAAUAAAAAAGGUAUUGGUUUACAACGUAUACAUGAAAUAAUAUCACGUGAAAAAAAAGAAGCUGAAGAUACAUUGAAACGUAUGGAUGAUGAUAUACGUUCUGGACAAGGCAAACGUCAGGAAGCUGAGGGUCGUCUUAAACAAGCUGAACAACGUUUAGCUAAUGUCCAACGACCAGAUCAAAUCAAUGGUGCUAAAGGUCAAUUAAAACAAAUGCGCGAGAAAAUUCUUGAUUUAGAAAAAAAAAUAGAAUUAAUAAGAAAAACUAUUACGGAUAAUGAUGAUGAAAUCGCAUUAUAUAAUGCUGAAUUACAACGAAUCCGUUCUGAUAUAGCUAAUCUUAUAUCGGAAAUAGCUAAUGAAGCAACACAAAAACAAUUAUUAAUUGCAGAAAAAGCUAUUCUUGAACAAGAAUUAAAAGCAAUUGAUACAGCACAUAAAUUUGAUGUUGAACAACUCCGUUCUAAAGUUGCUAUUGCUAAUGUUGAUCCAGCACCAUUCUUUGAAAGUGAAUUAACAACAGCGAUACGUGAAAUACGUAAACAAUUUGAAACAAUAACUGAACAACAACAACAACAAUUACAAAAUUAUUAUCAAGCGAAAGUUAGUGCAUUAAUUGAAUAUCAUCAACCGAAACAACCUGUUGAAUCACAAUGGCAAACAGAAAAAAUUCGUGAAAUAACACGUAGUAUAUCUGAUAUACGUGGACGUGUUAAUGGUUUACAAAUGGAAAAUCAAGAUCUUGAUAGACAACUAGCUGAUAUACGUAAACAAAUUCAAGAAUCAACAUAUAAAGAAGAUCAACAAUUACUUAAUGAACAAAAACAUUAUCGAGAAGAAAUUGAUCGUCUUAAAGGUUAUAUAACAGAUUUAGAAAAAUAUCGUACAACAUUAGAAGAAGAAAUACGUCGUUAUCGUUUAUUACUCGAAGGUGGUGGUAAUCAAGUUGGUCUACGACAUUUUGCUGAGGAAGCAGAAAAAAUUAUGAAUCGUGGUCGAUCAUUACUUGAUUCAUUAAAUUUACGUUUAAUGAAAAAUACAACUGGACCAAGUAGUUCAACUAAUGUGCGUGAAGUUACUCAUUCAACAUCAUAUUCAUCUGGUGGUGGUUUUCAUGGUUAA